AUGCUUUCUUUUUACUAUUUUGCAGACAUCAACGAGUGUGAGACUGGAAAGCAUCACUGCGACUCCAAUGCCUUCUGCAACAACACUAAAGGUUCUUAUAUUUGUACAUGCAAACCAAGAUAUACCGGAAACGGCGUUAACUGCACAGGUAAAAUAAGAAAGCGAAAACCCUCAGCUGAUAGCACUGAAUAACCUGAUAUGAAAGCAUUUCUAUUCAACAAAUGUUUUCGAGUUCCAUUAACUAAGGUGUAUGUUCAUCUUUAACUUAGUUCCAACAUGAUAGUAUGUGAUAGGCGGCUUGUUCAUCGUUGGCAUACUAACAGGCUCACUUAAGCGAGUUUGGGGGUUAUAUAUUAAGGCGACGAUUCAGCCGUCAGCGGGAGCUGGCGAAUUUGGCGAUAAGAAAAAGGCGAUUAAACGUUGAAAAAAAUAUUUGCAUAUUCGGCAACUAUCAAUAGCUGGAUUCGAGGUUUUUGUCACGGCUUAUUUCCUUUUUUUUUUCCAUGACUAUAUUUUGCUAUCUUCCGCAAAAAUCUCCUCGUGCGACUUUCUAUCAUUUUUGUCAAUUGACAUUUUGUUUUGUCCCUGUUGGAUAAGAUUUUGACACCUCUUAAGGGGUGAAAUUAAAACAAAAAAAGACUGAUUUAUCGUUCAUCUGGGGAUAGUCGUUACUUAGGUAUUCAUUAACGACGUUUUAAACUGCGUACUUCUAGUCUUCAUAUGUUAAUAGGCGAUUGUGUCGACUGUGGGUGGGCUAACAAAACUAAAGGAAGAAACAUUUGAACAGACGACUGAAGGAAUCAUUGAGCAAAAAUAUAUUCUUCUGAAUAAAUCAAUGCAUUCUUUUCACUAUUUUGCAGACAUCAACGAGUGUGAGACAGGAAAGCAUCACUGCGACUCCAAUGCUUUCUGUAACAACACUAAAGGCUUCUACAUUUGUACAUGCCAACCAGGAUAUACCGGAAACGGCGUUAACUGCUCA